AUGGGAGUCCAAGGGCUCUGGAAGCUGCUUGAGUGCUCCGGGAGGCAGAUUAGCCCGGAAACGCUAGAAGGGAAGAUUCUUGCUGUUGAUAUUAGCAUUUGGUUAAACCAAGCACUUAAAGGAGUCCGAGAUCGUCGUGGGAACACCAUAGAAAAUGCUCAUCUUCUCACUUUGUUUCAUCGGCUCUGCAAACUCUUAUUUUUCCGAAUUCGUCCUAUUUUCGUUUUUGAUGGGGAUGCUCCACUACUGAAGAAGCAGACUUUGGCUAAGAGAAGGCAGAGAAAGGAUUUGGCCAACAGUGACUCCAGAAAAACUACAGAGAAGCUCUUGACAACAUUUUUGAAAAGACAAGCUAUUAAAACUGCUUUAAAAAGCAAAAGAGAUGAAGCACUACCCAGCCUUACUCAAGUGCGAAGAGAUGACAUCUAUGUUUUGCCACCUUUACAAGAGGAAGAAAAAAAUAGUUCAGAAGAGGAAGAAGAAAAAGAAUGGCAAGAAAGAAUGAAUCAAAAACAGGCAUUACAGGAUGCAUUCUUUCAUAAUCCUCAAGCAAUAGAUAUUGAAUCUGAAGACUUCAGCUCCUUACCCCUUGAAAUAAAGCAUGAAAUCUUGACUGAUAUGAAAGAAUUUACCAAGCGAAGAAGAACAUUAUUUGAAGCAAUGCCAGAGGAGUCCAGUGACUUUUCCCAGUAUCAACUCAAAGGCUUGCUUAAAAAAAACUACUUAAACCAGCACAUAGAAAAUGUACAAAAGGAAAUGAAUCAGCAACACUCUGGGCAAAUCCAAAGGCAAUAUGAACACGAAGGGGGCUUUUUGAAGGAGGUAGAGUCAAGGAGAGUGGUCUCAGAAGACACUUCACAUUACAUCUUGAUAAAAGGUAUUCAAACUAAGAAAAUUGCAGAAGUAGAUUCAGAGUCUCUUCCGUCUUCCAGCAAAAUGCAUAGUGUGUCUUUUGACAUGAAGUCACCUCCAUGUGAAAAAUUGAAGCCAGAGAAAGAAACUGAUGCCACCGCUCCUUCUCCACGAACUUUACUAGCUAUGCAAGAAGCCAUGCUGGGAAACAGCUCAGAAGAGGAGUUGGAGAGUGAAAAUAAAAGGCUGUACAGUAAGAAGAAUGCAUCAACUAGUACAGAUGAAGGCUCUGUAUCACCGAGGACUCUCUUAGCUAUUCAGAAAGCUCUUGAUGAUGAUGAAGAAGGGAUAGUGCAUGCUGGGAAUGAUAUGAAGGUGGGGGAAUUAGAAGUAAAAAAACUUCUUAUGGACAAUUCUGGUAAGGAAAAUGAUGGAGGACCUGAGGUUCAAGGUGGUGGAGAAGGAAUGUUGUUUACAACUGUAUCUCGUUCAGCUAGUGUGAACUUUGUAGAGGAGUGUGUAAUCAGCACUAGUAAUGAAAAAGAGCUGACCGACUCAGCUCAUUUAUCAAACACUAACUUUUGUCAAGGCAGUGAAUCUAAUGUUCAAAAAGAACCAACAUCACUUAUUCACACAGUCAGUGAAGCCUUUCAGACAAGUGGUGAAUCUAUAGUAAAGGAUAGACAAGAUCCUAUUCAUUUAAAAAGGACAGUAGUUCUGCACAGUGAUGCACCUGGACUCCAGAACAGAAAAGAACUGAUAUCAACAUCCUCAACAAGUAUGACUUCUGUAUCACAGACUGAAACAUACCCCAAAGUUCACGAGCGACAAAACGAUCUUGGCACGUCUGAGAAUAAAUAUGAUUCUUCUGUUCUUUCUUCAAGUGAUGAUGAAAUAGAAUGUGAAAAAAAUCAUCCUUUUGAAAUUACUGGCAGAGUCAGUUUGCAAGAAAUGAGUAACACAGUCAGAGUCCCUUCAGAGCCAUUAAGUAACUUAGAAAAUGAGGAUUUGCCAAAAGCUAGCCGAAAAACUGAGAUGAUUGAAUCUGCAGGUCAGGAUUUAAUUUCAGUUCCAAAGCCCAUGGAACCAAAGGAAAUUGACUCUGAAGACAGUGAAUCUGAUGGAAGUUUCAUUGAAGUGGACAGUGUAAUUAGUAAUGAAAGUCGAGGUGAAUUACCAGACAGUUCUAACCCUUCCUCUGAGCAAGGUGAAAAAUCAGUUGCUGAAGAGGGACUGACAGAAACUAAGAUGGAAGGAGACAGUGGUGAUACCGAGAGCUUCUUAAGAGACAACUCUGAAAGCGAGAGCUUGGAUAUUGAGCCACCUAAAGAAGCUGAAAAAGAUGCAGAUGAUUCACUCAAUGAAUGGCAAGAUAUCAAUUUGGAAGAACUGGAGACUCUGGAGAGCAGCCUUUUAGAACAACAGAAUUCAUUGAAAGCUCAAAAACAGCAGCAGGAACGGAUUGCUGCUACUGUAACAGGACAGAUGUUCCUGGAAAGCCAGGAACUUCUUCGUCUCUUCGGCAUUCCCUAUAUCGAGGCUCCUAUGGAAGCAGAGGCACAGUGUGCCAUCCUGGACCUGACUGAUCAAACUUCCGGAACAAUCACUGAUGACAGUGAUAUUUGGCUGUUUGGAGCACGGCAUGUCUAUAAAAACUUUUUUAAUAAAAACAAGUUUGUAGAAUAUUACCAAUAUGUGGACUUUCACAACCAAUUAGGGUUAGACCGGAACAAAUUAAUAAAUUUAGCCUAUUUGCUUGGAAGUGAUUAUACAGAUGGAAUACCAACUGUGGGUUGUGUAACAGCCAUGGAAAUUCUUAAUGAAUUUCCUGGACAUGGCCUGGAACCUCUGCUGAAAUUCUCAGAAUGGUGGCAUGAAGCUCAACAAAAUAAGAAGAUAAGACCUAAUCCUCAUGACACUAAAGUGAAGAAAAAAUUACGGAAGCUGCAACUCACUCCUGGUUUUCCUAACCCAGCUGUUGCUGACGCUUACCUGAGGCCCACAGUGGAUGACUCAAAGGGAUCAUUUCUGUGGGGAAAACCUGAUCUUGAAAAAAUUAGAGAAUUUUGUCAGCGGUAUUUUGGCUGGAAUAGAACUAAGACAGAUGAAUCUCUGUUUCCAAUACUAAAGCAACUGAAUGCUCAGCAGACUCAGCUUCGAAUUGAUUCUUUCUUUAGAUUAGCUCAACAGGAGAAACAAGAUGCUAAGGGUAUUAAGAGCCGGAGACUCAACAGAGCUGUGACAUGUAUGCUGAGGAAGGAACGGGAAGAAGCUAGUGAAAUAGAAGCAAUUUCGGUUGCUAUGGAGAAAGAGUUUGAGAUACUUGAUAAGGUAAAAGGAAAAACCCAGAAGAGAAGCAUAGAAAAUAAAUUGAAAGAUUCAUCAAGCCUGAAAAGAAAAAGACUUUCUGAUUCUAAACGAGGGAAUAAAUGUGGUGGAUUUUUGGGGGAGGCCUACCUCUCAGAAUCAUCUGAUGCAUCUUCAGGUGAGGAUGCCGAAAGCUUAUCUUUAAUUAACAGCCAAAGGGAAAAAGCAGCUAAAGAGUCAAAAAUCAGCCCUUCAGAUUUACAGAACACAGUGAAACAUGAUCAUGUGAAGCAUGAAGGUGUGACUACGAGCAGCUCUAGUGAUGAUGAAACGAAAACAAAAGUAGUCAUGGUGACUGCUAGAUCUGUAUUUGGGAAGAAAAAAGGGAGAUUGAGAAAUACAAGAGUAAGACAAAGAAAAACCUAA